AUGUUUUUGAAGAAAGCCAAAGCUAAUCCAAUUGAUAAUUUAUUGUCAAUCGUAAAUGCAGAAUUACCAAAACUAUUUGAGAACUAUGCAAAUUUUUCUGAUUGGACAGUAACAUCCGCUUAUGCAUUAAGUGGCAAUUCUUCAAAGAUUAUUUUUUCUGGCCCGUGGAAUGCUACGCUUUCCUUAGGUUAUAUAUUAAGUGAAGCAGGCUACCAAAAGCAAUGUAUUCUUCGUAGACAAAUAGAUUGGGUGGCAAAAAUAUCAUCUAUUCAGAAUGAAAUUUACAAUUGUGCUUCUGAUGGUGUAAAAAUGGGGGACGAAAUUUUAAACAAAAUGAAAAAAUCAUACAUGCAAGGUUUUCAGAUAAGUGAGGAUGUAAAAAAUGUUAGAAAAAAUUGUUCAACCACAAAUGUUAAGGAUGAUGAGAAUUGCAUUAAUCAAACAAUUGACCGACUCAAAGUUUCCUUCAAAAAUUUACUACAACUCGUGAAAAUUGACAAAAUCGAGGCACAAACAAUAACAGCAAAAAUAAUUAGCGUUGCUAUGUACUGUAAUGCAAAAAUAAUGGAAAAUGUAUUUAAAAUCGCAAUCGAUUAUCAAGAAAUGAUGAGAAAAUGUCUUGACAACAAAUAAAAAAUUUAAUGUACUGCGUGAAGAAUAAUAAAUAAUAUUUAUCUAUUAUUGAAAAAAACUAAUUCAAAAUUAAUAAUUAAAAAAUACUGAGGAUUUAUUAGACCUUGAAAUUCGAUCAAAAACACCACAAAUAUUCCAUUUUAUCUUUGCAAAUAUUUUCUCCAAAACUUCUUUAAGAUGCUUAUUAUAUAAGAAGAAAUUUUAUGAAAAAAUUCUAUGAUGCAAUUUUUGUGAAAUAUACACACGAUAAGAAAAAUUUU